GACACAACCAGGACUCCCCAACAAUUAGAGAUUAGAACCUCACAGAGCCCUUGAAGCUCCAAGCAUUUCUUGAGGUCGGUUGAGACCGGUGGGUCCUCAUGGAGGAGCUUUGCUACGGCUUCGAGUGGGAAGACCCCACUGAAUUCCUCUUGUGGGACCAGGCAGAUCCUGAGGCCCAGCUGGAGAACUUCCUGCUGGACUGGCCGUGCCUGGAGGACCCGUCCUGCAUGAGAACAGCCCAGGGGGGAGCAGGGGGUGCCCCCAGCCCGGCGCAGCCUCCCGGGCACGGCCGGCAGCGCCGUGCCGCCAACCUGCGCGAGAGGAGGAGGAUGCUCAGCAUCAACGCGGCCUUCGAGCGGCUGCGGGGCCACGUGCCCACCUUCCCCUACGAGCGGCGCCUGUCCAAGAUCGACACGCUGCGCUUGGCCAUCGCCUACAUCGCGCUGCUCCGCGACAUCCUGCUCUCCGGCUGCCACCCCAGGGCCUACGUGGAGCAGUGCCUGAGGAAGGGCUGGCAGAGCCAAGCGCCCGCAGCCUGGAACACGAGCGAUCUCACAGCCCGCCUGUCCUGGGUAAAGUGGGAUUAAGGGCACCCAAAAGGAAGACCUUUGAAGGCAGCAGAUUGCAGAACCUGAUGAGGACCUGCCCGCUGGGGAGCGGCUGUUCCGCUCUCGGGGCUGCGAGCACAGCCAGUUCUCAGCCCUGAAAUGACAGAUUGCGAAUAAACCCAUGGCACUU